AUGGCCAUCUCACACUUUUUCGACAGCAAGAUUGCCUCAUGUGAAGACAUUAUCAAUUACACGUUCCAGUCCAAAAUUCUUUGUGCCCUCAACGCAGCAGCCGAUUUUUCUGCUCACGUAUUCACCAACGGGAUCUUCAAGCUGCCCAGGAACGAUCGUCUGGCAGUGUAUGGUGAUUCUAUUGCCGAUUUCCACCUUUGUGAUCUUUGGUAUGAGCAAGGCCCCGCAAGAUCGAAGGGGCAGUGGUCAGCGAUCCGCAAAGACGUACUCGGAAACGACAACUUGGCCCAUGUCGGAUUCGAACACGGGCUUGACAAAUGCGUGGUGUUGAACGGAGGCACGUACAAAGUUAGUAAGAGUAUGAUGGCAACCGCGGUUGAGGCCAUCCUGGGUGCCGUGCACAAAGAUGGUGGAAAUGAUGGAUUGGUGUUGGUUAUGCGUAGACUGGGCUUGACGCAACAUGCGCAUCUGCCGCAGGUUCUGGAUUAA